AUGAAAAAUUCUCCAUCAUAUUCCCUGACUUCACGAAAGGAUCAGGGAGCUUUUCAUCCGUUUACUCACGUCUACACACAGUCAGAUGUGAUGAGGGUGAUUGAACAUGCAAGAAUGAGAGGCAUUAGAGUCAUUCCAGAGUUUGACUCUCCUGGACACACACAGUCAUGGGGGAAAGGACAGCCAAACCUCUUGACUCCCUGUUACAAGGGGGAUGUGCCCUCUGGUUCAUUCGGACCUGUCGAUCCAACAGUAGACACCACUUAUAAGUUCAUGGAAAGCCUCUUGAAAGAGGUGAAGUUUGUCUUUCCUGACUCGUACGUUCAUUUAGGAGGGGAUGAGGUCAGUUUUGCCUGCUGGCAGUCGAAUCCCAAUGUGCGAACGUUCAUGGAAAAGAUGGGCUUUGGGAAGGAUUUUACCAAACUGGAAUCAUUCUAUAUGGAGAGUAUAAUGAACAUGACCGCCGCUCUCAACAGAACCUCCGUUGUUUGGCAGGACGUGUUUGACUACCACGAGCGAAUUCCACAGGACACGGUUCUGGAGAUCUGGAAGGGUGAAACUUACCAGGCUGAACUGAGCAGGAUGACCAAGGCUGGGCACAGGGUUCUGCUCUCUGCCCCCUGGUACAUCAACCACAUCAGCUACGGCCAGGACUGGCGUAACUCCUACGCAGUGCAGCCCCAAAAUUUCUCCGGGACGGAAGAGCAGAAGAAGUUGGUGAUUGGUGGAGAGGUCGCCAUGUGGGGUGAAUAUGUCGACGCCACCAAUCUGAACCCACGCCUGUGGCCGAGAGCCUGUGCUGCAGCGGAGAGGUUGUGGAGCGAUGAAGAAAAAACCAUGAACGCAGAUCUGGCCUUCCCUCGCCUGGAAAAGUUUCGCUGUGAACUUCUAAGGCGGGGUAUUCAAGCGGAGCCUCUGUUUGUAGGUCAUUGUAAACAUGAGUAUGAUGGCCUGUAAGUCACUAAAACUGAAGAGCCAUGUGUUUAUGCACUGCGAUAUUGCUUUGGAAUUUGCACAAUACUCUCUCU